AUGUUGGAGUUUUAUCACAAUCUCAACAUUAACACCGGUCUGCCUUCGACGGCCCAACCGGCCGACACUAAUUUAAAGGAUAAUAGCAUGCUCGACAACAGUGAAAGAACAGACAUCGUUGGCACGAUCAAGAGUGAAAAAACGCAGGAACUGUGCGAAGGAUGCGGCCAAAAGAUAAAGGAUCGCUACUUCAUGAAGCUCUCCCCGGACCAGUUCUGGCACGAGCAGUGCCUUCUCUGCUGCAUCUGCCGCAUCCAGCUCAGCCAGACAUGCUACACCAAAAACACCAAGGUCUACUGCAAGGACGACUACUAUCGGAUCUUUGGAUUGUCGUCCGUUCACCAGCAGCAGCACCAGUCACCGGGUCACCAGCAGCAGCAGCACCAGCGCGAUUGCUACGGUUGCGGGGAACGAAUCGCCCCGAGCGAAAUGGUGAUGCGCGCCAAACACCUCGUGUACCAUCUGCAUUGCUUCCUGUGCUACACCUGCAAUAGGCCACUGCAGAAAGGCGAACCAUUUUCACUGCGUGCCGGCAAACUCAUCUGCCAGCACGACUUGGAGAAGGAUUUCUACGGUUCGGCGGCGGCAGUGGCGGCAGCAGCUGCCAUACACCACCACCAUGGCGCACCGGGGAUCCACCAGCAGCACCAUCCGGCGGCCCACCUGUACGGGGCCGACGGGGACGACUACCUGCUUGAGGACGGCCUGCGGACACGGGACGGUCGACGAGGGCCCAAGCGACCGAGAACGAUCCUCACUUCCGCCCAGCGACGCCAGUUCAAGGCAUCGUUCGAUGUGUCACCGAAACCAUGCCGGAAGGUUCGCGAGGCACUAGCCAAGGAUACGGGCCUCUCGGUACGGGUAGUACAGGUGUGGUUCCAGAAUCAACGAGCCAAAAUGAAGAAGAUCUCGCGCAAGUCCAAAGCGAACGCCAACGGCGGGGACAGCGAGAAGAACCACUCGGACAAAGAGGAAAAGUCAAUCAAGCUAGAAUCGCCCAGUAGCGACCACAGCCACUAUCUGGGUCUGGACAGUUCAUAUAGUUCUUCCAGCCAGCCGCUAAAUCCAAACCUUCCGUACUCGCCAGAUUUUCCCGAUAACUCAGACGCAAGCCUGUGCAGCUCGGACAUUUCGCUAGACGAAAGCUUUGAUAACGUCGACGAGGCUACCUCUGAUACGAUGUCGUUGCAAAACCUAGAUCUCCACCCCGGGCUGGGCCCUUCCAUUGGGGGUGUAGGAGGUGGUGCCAGCGGUCAGGGAACCAGUACACUUUCUGGUGGCGUGCACAAUGGUCAAACGCAGCAACAGCUAGUCAAUCACAAUAAUAACAGCAUCGGCUCGAUGAUGCCAACCGUAGCCGGUAGCAUUACGCACAUCGAUAAACUCUACCUGAUGCAGAAUUCUUACUUUAAUUCCACGCAGAUCGAACAGUGAA